AUCUUCAGGCAGGGGAAGCCCUCACACAGUCAGUCCAGUGUCUCCAGUGCGCACCGCCGCUCCGCGCUCUGCCGCUUCCACACUUAGGGCUGCACACCCACUCGGACCCACGAACACUCCAGAACCCCCUUACCACGCCGUAGCACUGAUCUUCUGGUAGAGGGACAUGGCUGAUGUGAGUUUGAACGAGUCCACCACCGAGGACGUGGCGAACAGGUUUGCGCGUAAAGGUGCUCUGAGGCAAAAAAACGUCCACGAAGUCAAGAACCACAAAUUCAUCGCCAGGUUCUUCAAGCAGCCGACUUUCUGCAGCCACUGCACCGACUUCAUCUGGGGGUUCGGAAAACAAGGAUUCCAGUGCCAAGUUUGCUGUUUUGUGGUCCACAAGCGAUGCCAUGAGUUGGUCACAUUCUGCUGCCCAGGGGCAGACAAGGGGCCUGACACAGAUGAUCCCAGAACGAAGCAUAAGUUUAAGAUCCACACCUAUGGGAGCCCUACCUUCUGUGAUCACUGUGGAUCUCUGCUCUAUGGCCUCAUCCACCAGGGCAUGAAGUGUGAUUCCUGUGACAUGAACGUCCACAAGCAGUGCGUCAUGAACGUACCCAGCCUGUGCGGAACCGAUCACACUGAAAGGAGGGGACGUGUUUACCUCAAGUGUGAGGUCGAUGGGGAUAAGCUGCAUGUCACAGUGAGUGAAGGCAAAAACCUGAUCCCCAUGGACCCCAAUGGCCUGUCUGAUCCGUACGUCAAGCUCAAGCUCAUACCUGAUCCCAAAAAUGAGACCAAGCAGAAGACCAAAACCAUCCGCUCCAGCCUCAACCCCAAGUGGAAUGAGUCCUUUACUUUCAAGCUGAAGCCAACAGAUAAAGAUCGCAGGCUGUCUGUGGAGGUGUGGGACUGGGAUCGGACAACUAGGAAUGACUUCAUGGGAGCCCUUUCCUUCGGCGUGUCGGAGCUCAUGAAGUCUCCAGUGGGUGGCUGGUAUAAGUUACUGUGCCAGGAGGAGGGAGAGUAUUACAAUGUUCCUAUCUCAGAGGAGGACGAUGGCAAUGAGGAGCUAAGGCAGAAAUUUGAGAUUUGUAAACUAGGCCCAGGUAAAAAGGUGAUCACGGAGACAGACGACACCUCAUCCAACCAGCUUCCAUCCAGUUCCAGCCUGGACCAGGUCAAACUCGGCGACUUCGCCUUCCUGGCUGUUGGGAAAGGCAGCUUUGGCAAGGUCAUGCUGGCAGAGAUGAAGACCACCGAAGAGCUGUACGCAAUAAAGAUCCUGAAGAAGGAUGUGGUGAUCCAGGACGAUGACGUGGAGUGUACCAUGGUGGAGAAGAGAGUCCUGGCCCAGCAGGACAAGCCGCCCUUCCUCACACAUCUCCACUCGUGUUUCCAGACUGUGGACCGUCUGUACUUUGUCAUGGAGUAUGUGAACGGAGGUGAUCUGAUGUAUCAUAUCCAACAAGUGGGCAAGUUCAAGGAACCUCAGGCAGUGUUCUAUGCAGCAGAGAUUGCUGUGGGUCUCUUCUUCCUGCACAGUAAAGGAAUCAUCUACAGGGAUCUGAAGUUGGACAAUGUGAUGCUGGAUUCAGAGGGACACAUUAAGAUCGCUGACUUUGGCAUGUGUAAAGAGAACAUGUUAGAAGGAGUGACCACACGCACCUUCUGCGGUACUCCAGAUUACAUUGCUCCAGAGAUCAUUGCAUAUCAACCAUAUGGACGCUCUGUGGACUGGUGGGCAUAUGGAGUGCUGCUGUACGAGAUGCUGGCAGGACAGCCUCCCUUUGAUGGAGAGGAUGAAGACGAGUUGUUCCAGUCCAUUAUGGAGCACAAUGUCUCCUACCCUAAGUCCCUAUCCAAAGAGGCUGUCUCCAUCUGUAAAGGGCUGAUGACCAAGCACCCGUCCAAGCGUCUAGGCUGCGGCCUCGAAGGAGAGAGGGACAUUAGAGAACACGCUUUCUUUAGACGUAUCGACUGGGAACGCCUGCAGAACAGGGAAAUACAGCCGCCCUUCAAGCCCAAAGUGUGUGGCAAAGGAGCGGAAAACUUCGACAAGUUCUUUACACGCACCCAGCCUCAGCUCACACCGCCAGACGAGCUGGUUAUUGCCAACAUCGACCAGGCCGAAUUUGCUGGGUUCUCCUUCGUCAACCCACAGUUUGUACACCCGUUGCUCAACGACAGUGAAUGAAAAGCAGGGGGAAACUUCGCUGCAGAACCUCCUUACUCACUGCCACCAUCUUAACAUCUGACCACGACGUGAUCAAGGCCCAUAAAACGCUUCUAUAUGUUGGUUUUUAUUCAUAAGCAGCAUUAUAGGGUAUGCAUCUUUGUUCUGUACAAUAUCUUUUUCUGUAUAGAUUAGAUCAAUAUGAACAUUUCUUGGUCACUUCAAGACAUAACUCCCUUUAGUUUUAUUAAGACACAUGUAAUGUAGAAAUUAUUUCCUUUUUAAUCUCUGUAAUUUGUACUGAAGAGCUAUUCUAGCAGAAAGCAUUGAGACAGAAAGGUGCCAGAUUUUGAAUAUCUGCACCGGAAUAUAAUUAGAUUACAAAAAUAUAUGAAUUCAUGCCAAUAUAUAAUAUAUGAAAUUGAUUAGCAUACUAAUAUUAAUGGAUUAAGUAGUUCUAGGAAAGAAAUCUGUACAAUGUGGUUGCAAAUAUCAGUGGAUAAACAAUCAUUAUCUACAGAUUUAGUUGUUGGAUCAUAGUUUGCUUCAGCAUAGACAAUUAAUACAAAAUACACGUUUUAUAAUGUCUUGAAAAGCCAUCGUAGACAUUAACAGCCAAAUAGAAAGGACAGGCGGUGCAGGCAUUGAAAUAGCACCUUGUGAUUCAAUGUUUGUUGUAUAAUGUUUACAGUUUUUUCCCCAUAUUUUUACAAGGAUGGUGUCAGAUUCUGUCUUAGUAGAAAUGAUCCUAUAUAAUGAUCCGUUUUUGAUGUGUGUAGCAGAUCAACAAAAAAAUGAAGAGUUAAUAGAAUUGAAAAUGUGCAGCCUGUAGAAUGCAUAUAUGUGAGUUAGAUAGGUAUUAGAAUAUGUCAGGAUUAGACCCAACUUGACAAACUUAGCCUAUCUUAACUGUUGUUAUCCUAUUUUGCCUGGUUUUAUAAUACCCACGUACCUGUUUCCUAGCCCUUCCUUGAGCUGCAGAUUGUAAUUUCCCUUUGUUUAUCAAUUUGUGCCCACCAUGUGGACACCAUAAACAGUGGUCAUAUUAGUGGCAGACUAUUCUUUUGUCUACCUUUAAAAAAUGAAACCUAUAAAGUUUACAGAAUGUCAUGUUUUGACAACGCUCAGUGUUAACCACUGUGUCUGUCCCACUCUAUAAUAUACCCAAAAUGACAAAGCCUAUACAUUGAUCAUAAAGGUCUUAACAGAAACAAUACGGCAUUUCCAUACUGUGUUUCAAUUCAUUUUUUUUUACCAUAACGUCAGCUGGUGUCAUUGUUUAUUCACCUUCCAGCAUUGAAGAGCAGAGUUAAUACAUUUGUCAUGCUUCUUGGGUACAGACGAUGCAACUCAGAAAUACUUUUGCAGAAAGUAACAUUUCUUAUGACUCUUUGUUGGCCUGAGAUUAAACUCUUUUGUUGAGGAGUGCGUCAACAUAAUCAUUAUUAGCAGAAUCUCUUUUUGUGGUUUUUUUUUUUUUUUUUGCAUCCCUGUUUUUGUUCCUUUAAUUUUUUACAUUAAAAUAGAUUAGUUUCUACUCUCUUCCUUCUCAUACAUAUUUUUCCAUUAGAACAGAAAUAUUUUAAUGUAUCAAAAUCAGUGUAUAACAACUCCUUUGUAAAUAAUCAUGAGUUAUUUAAAAAGAGCAUAGCAAGUUACAGUUUUUAUACCAACACCUGAAUGUGCUUUUAUUACAUCAAUUAGAUAAUCCAAUAUUUGUAUGUGUAAAAAAAAAAAAAAAAAAGAAAAAAGAAAAAAAAAAUGCAAAAAAAACUAAACAAAACAAAAAAUACCCAGUACAAAUCAACUACUAACAACUGGAUGUCUUUAAUGGAGUCCAGAUUUAGCAAGUUGUGUGACUUGUUUUGGAAGAUUUAUCAAAGCUAUUUUUUUUAAUCAUAUUCAAUGACUGCAACUUGUGUGUUGACUGGAUGUGUGUUAGGCCGUUGACCGUCCCUCUGUAUCUGCAUGCUGUUGGUAGGCACCAUUAAUGCACGUGAUCAGCUAAAUGCUGCAUGCUACUAAAUAUGAAACCCCAAAGAGUUACAACUUUAAAGUGAUGCUCCAUUACAAGUCUUACUUUACAGCUAAGAGUCACCCCAUGCAGUCUGAGAACAGUGGGUGCGCUCAACUUUAAAUUAUGUCGAUAACAAUGGACUUCAAUAGUAACAAUUUUUCAGUGUCAGUGGAAAUAUCAACUUGCUCAUAAUCCAUGUCUUCCUGUGUAUUAUUGGCAUGUUUUAACCCGGCUAUGCCGAUGAGAGGUGCGGAUUUGAUACUCUCUAAAACUUAUACAGAGUAUUACCAUCAAUGUGGCCAAAUUUAAGUUACAUCCAAAAAUCACUGAGCUGACAAAAGCAAGACUUAAGUAGAUUAUAACAAGAUAUACACAAUUCAUAUUCUGCAGCCUGUUGGUUAAAGUUGUGCAAAAUUGAGGAACAGCAGUGGUUUUGCCAAAACAAAGUAGAUUACUGUGCAGUAAUCGUAAAUUGUAGACAUGUUAGGUUAUACAUGUGAUUAGGUACUAAUACAAUAUUUCUAAAGUGACACUUCUGCAGAUCAGCACUCACAGAAGCUAAAUACACAUCAUAGCUCCUGGGUCCUUUUGCCUACACCUACUUAGAGUCACACAGAGCUCUGGAUCCAGAUAGGUGGUGAGUUGUGACUUGAUACCACUGUUGGUUUCUAUACCAGUGGGACCACUCACUCUCCAAUGUCUCAUUAAUGGGGUUUAUGUUAUAAUCUUAAUGUUGUGUUUCUGUGUGUAAAACUCUUUUUCUCCUUUUGGCUGUUUAUUUUUGUUGGUUUACUGUGGGUUAUCAUCAUUGUCAGUUUAAUUCCUCUACCUUUUGUUCUAAGAAUUAGAAAGGAAUGUUAAAAUUAUAUAACCCAAUAGAAAAGUCAUAUCUGAUAGAUAAAACUAUUGAGACAUUUGUAAUGUUUUCCUCAUGCUUUUCUAUUUACUGUACUCUCCUACUUUGUUUCCUCUCAUAUAUUACCUUUGCAUGUGCCAAACCUGGAAAAUACCAGAACCUGAGAAUAGCAGCGUUGCACUAGCUGUAGUCACACUGACAUGUCUCUGCGGCAGCUUGUCCCUUUACAGGCUAAGAACUGCCUCAAACUACACCUGUUAUGACCACACAACAUAUAGCAUGCUGCCAUGAGUACACUUGUGCACAUUGUGUCAGUAUGUAUUGCAAUGCCAGUUUCAGUUUGAUAGUCGACUCACCAUACACCCAUGCACUAGGUUUUCCUCUUUUGUAGCUGCCUGUCUAGCCUUGGGCAGAAUUGUAUCUGAAAAAAAAAAAGAGCACUGCAGCUUGUGGAGCAUCUGAUUCAACAUCGAAAGUGAAUUCCUGAAAAGUAAAAGAUAAUAUAAUAUUGACUUUUUCAGCAACAGUCCUGCCCUUGUCUGAGCCUUUAAUAGAGUAGCUCUGUCCCUUUAACAGAAUUACAGGCUAUACUUAUUUUGUCAUUUUGGAUUUUUUUUUUUCCUACAGAUGUAUUAAAACCUUUGAUGAUUUAUUUUCCUAAUUGUGUGCCUUCCCCUUUAUUAUUAGAGAUAGCAUAAGUACAUCUUACUGAAUCCUCUUCUUUCUUUUAAUUCUCCAUUUUUUUGUCAUUUCACUCAUGUCUUUUCUUUUUAAAUGUCAUUUCUAAUAUGUAUAUAUAUCAUUAUUCUCAUGAAUGUGGAAAACAUAACGUUAAAAUAUUCGUUAACAUCAAUCGUUUCUCUGGUCUGAAAAUUGAAAGCACAUGUCGUUGACUGACUUUUAACAGCUUUUCCAAUCAUACACCUACAACUUCACUCAUCCUUGUGUGUCAACUUUACCUUUACCUCCCUGUGCCUAAUAAUAACUGAGUUAUUUAUGAUGUUUAAUUCGCAAUUACACGGACAAUAUCAGUUAUCGCUGAUAUGGUGAAGGAGGAAUUAAAUGAUUGAUGGGGUAAUGCUGAAAUGGAAUGGAAGGAUAGAUGAUAAUGAUUUGCAUGAAAGAUAACCCCUGUGCCUGGUCGUAUUGAACCGUCCCUCCCUCCCUCCCUCGUCCGUCGUCUCCUGUAUGCCCUGUUUUUCCUCUACCUGCUCCUCCUUCCUCAGUGCCUCGGUCGAGUCAGUCUGUCAUCUUAAGGACAACAAUGAUUUUUACCUUUCCAAUCCCAUCAUCUGUUCUAUCCUUAACCUCUCUCUACAGAUUCCCUUAAUGCACCAUAGGAAAGAAUUUAGCCAAAUGUUUGUUUACAUUUUAUUUAACAUCCUCACCUUUGUGUUGAAUAUGAAAUGUUUAGUUUGACGCAUUAUAAUUAAGUACUAAGCCCUUUGAUUUGAUCAUAAGUAUAAGUUUUUGAGGGAGUAAUUUGUUCAGAUUUUUUUUUUCUUCCUUUUUUUUUAAUUGUUACAGUACAGAAAAUCUCAUUUUAACGUGUUUUGUCCCUGUGGUUAGUCGCUGCUCUCCAUUGUGUCCUGUUCGAUGUGAAAUGAGACAGUCGAAGUUAACUGCCAUCUCUAACUCUACACAUCACAGGAUCAAUGAUGUGCAGGAAUGCCUUAUCUCUUAACCUCACAAUAAAAGAUAGUCUCCUAACUCUCCUAUCUUUGUUCAGUUAUAAUCUCAGCACCCCUGUCUGUGUACAUAAUGACUUACAGUAGAUAUCUACAUAGACUCUAAAAGAAAGAAUAUAUUGUAUUUUGCAAAUGGUAUAUGUUGUUUUCUUCCCUUGUCAGCCUGAAACCUUUAAAAUGAGUCUGAGCUACUUAACUUGUAAUUGAUUGUGUCAUUUGUACCUAAUGUAUGAUAAUGCAAAUAAAAAUGGUAAAUGAGG